AAAAAAAAAAAAAAACAGAGUAGAAUAGAAAUAAAUAUCGGGUUUUGAGGUUGCUUUCAGAAGUACUAUAAGAUUGGGCAUGUUUGUUGUUUGUGCGUGAGAGAGCUGUAUUGGUCCAGAGCAGAAAAGAAACGCAUAUUUGGUUUACACAUAUAGGUGUUUUGAUUCAGCUUUCUUUUGCCUUUUAACAUAUAGCCAAACUCCACUUUUCUGUCUUUUAGUAUUAGUUCUUUCUAAGUAACUCUUUUGAGUUUAUUAUCAUUUCAAUAUUAAUUCUGCUUUUAGCAGUGGCGUAAUGAAGCCAGCUUCUCAAAAUUUUAAUGAGGAGGAAGAAUGUCACAGCAGUGAAUCUGGCUGGACAAUGUACAUUGGCUCUCCUUCGAAUAGUACUGAAGAUGAUAAGCUGAACGUAGCGGAUUUUGAGGAAGAAGAUGAUGUAGGAGACAACAAGAAUGAAAGAAAUCAAGAAGAAGAUGACGACACUGAUGAUUCUAUGGCUUCUGAUGCCUCUUCUGGCCCAAGUCACAUGAGAGAGCACUUUGUUAGAAAUGCAAAGAGUACUACCGGUGCUCGUUAUGUGAAUCCAAAGGAAAAGGGUAAUGGAAAAGGUUGCUCCAACAACAAAGCUAACACAAAGAAUGGUAUUAAGAAUCAAGACAAAGAAGAGUCUGUGUUUUCAGCAAAAGGAGCUAAAGUUCCCUCCAAUGGUGGAAAGGUAAGGAAAAGUAUUUGGAAGGGCAAAGGAAAAUAAUACACUGUAAAAACUUACUAGAGUACUAUAUUUCCUCUCUUGUUAUGUUACUACUAUUAGUAAUUUGUAUCUCCUGUGUUAGUACUUAGUGCAUGUUAAACUUUGACUAAGGAUGUUCUGCGAUUAGAAAUGAAUCAAUUUUUUGUUC